CUUUUUUCUCUCUCUCUUCCUCUCUCCCUCUCUCUUCCAUUCUUCCCUCUUCUCAUCCUCUUUCUCCCGUCCUAAGUCCCGUCGGAUUCCCACAAUUCCCUUUCUUCUUCCUGAUACCCCUCGGUCAUUCUUCCGCCCCUCUAUUCUACCACGUCUCCCCCCCCCUGAUCACACCGCCACUAUGUCUGCUCGUCCCCAGAACAUUGGUAUCAAGGCCAUCGAGGUCUACUUCCCCAGUCAGUGUGUUGACCAGUCCGACCUGGAGAAGUUCGAUGGCGUGAGCGAGGGCAAAUACACAAUUGGUCUGGGUCAGACCAAGAUGAGCUUCUGUGAUGACCGUGAGGACAUCUACUCCAUGGCCCUGACCACCCUCUCCUCCCUCAUCAGCAAAUACAACAUUGACAAGAACAACGUUGGCCGCCUGGAAGUGGGUACCGAGACCCUGCUGGACAAGUCCAAGUCCGUCAAGUCGGUCCUGAUGCAGCUCUUUGCUCCCGACAACACCAACAUCGAGGGCAUUGACACCGUCAACGCUUGCUACGGUGGCACCAACGCUGUUUUCAACAGCAUCAACUGGGUCGAGUCCUCCGCCUGGGACGGCAGAGAUGCCAUCGUGGUUUGCGGUGAUAUUGCCCUGUACGCCAAGGGUGCUGCUCGCCCCACUGGUGGUGCCGGCUGCGUUGCCAUGCUGAUCGGCCCUGACGCCCCUAUUGUCUUCGAGCCCGGUCUCCGUGGCAGCUACAUCACCCACGCCUACGACUUCUUCAAGCCGGACCUGACCAGCGAGUACCCCGUCGUUGACGGCCAGUUCUCGCUCAAGUGCUACACCGAGGCCGUCGAUGCCUGCUACAAGGCCUACGACGCCCGCGAGAAGACUCUCCAGGAGAAGGCCCAGAACGGCAGCAACGGCACGGCCCAGGACGACAGCAAGACCCCCCUGGACCGAUUUGACUACAUUCUUUACCACGCUCCCACCUGCAAGCUGGUCCAGAAGUCGUUCGGCCGCAUGCUGUACAACGACUACCUCGCCAACCCCUCCCACCCUGCCUUCGCCGAGGUCGCCGCCGAGCUGCGUGACCUGACCUACGACCAGUCCCUGACCGACAAGAACGUCGAGAAGACCUUCAUGGGUCUGACCAAGAAGCGUUACGCCGAGCGUGUGCGCCCCGGUCUGGACGUGGCCACCCUGUGCGGUAACAUGUACACCGCUACCGUCUACGCCGGUCUGGCCAGCUUGAUCUCCAACGUUUCGUUUGAUCCCGCCGAGGCCAAGCGUGUUGGAAUCUUCUCCUACGGCAGCGGUCUUGCCGCCUCCAUGUACAGCGCCAAGAUUGUCGGCGACGUGUCCUACAUGGUCGAGAAGCUCGACCUUCACAACCGCCUCAACGGCAGAACCGUUCUGCCUCCUCAGGCUUAUGAUGAUAUGUGUGUCCUUCGUGAGCAUGCUCACCUGAAGAAGAACUUCAAGCCCUCUGGCAAGACGGAGACGCUUUACCCCAACACCUACUACCUCUCCGAGGUGGAUGACAUGUUCCGACGCCAGUACGAAGUCAAGGCCUAAAUUGCGCCUGGCGCCUAACGGACCUUGCUCUUUUUUUCUUUGCUUUUUGUCUUGGACCCAACCGGGUCUCUUUUUAGACGGUUCAUUAGACUUCCUCGGCACCCAGAGCUUAAGAUUCCCGUACAGAAUUCAAGUCUGGUGUGAUGAUGGUUUCUGCUUGCCUUUGCAUUGUCUGGGCUUUCGGGGAUUGGUAUCUCCUAUACAGGGAGGAAUGAUGACGAUGAUGAUGCUCUUUAGAUUUAAGGUGGCGCUGGAAUGCUUCCGGAUUCCCAAGAAGAACUUUCGAUUUCUUUUUCUUUUUCUUUUAUUGAUAUUAAUCUAAUUAAUCAAAUACAUGAUUUCACUGUCC